CUGAAAUAUUGGUUUCCAACAUUUUAGUUUCCUUUGGGAAUGCGGCGUCUUUUAGCACGGGAACCCAGUGGCACCCGAGCGCCAAGCCACCCAACUGAUGCGCCGCAUCCUUCGGAUGGCAUACGGAGUAUAGAACCGCAAAGUGGUUGUACAUCAUAACCGUUGUGCCAUAUUUGCAUUGAUUCUUCACACGAAAAGUGAUAUGUCAAAUUAGUAUUGGUGUUUUGCUUCCAUUUGAAUCUUCAGGUUACCUCGCAUUAAUCAUCACCAACACCAACAAAGAAUCCGCUGAAGAAUUAUGCUGACGAUUCUCAGGCCAAAGAUGACAACUAAAUUUGAUCUGCGGAGUGCAACGUAAAUGCCAUAUCUCGGGCCUUCCCGGUUUCCACCCCAUGAGCACUGUUGGUGUGCAGCAUAUCCCUAGCGCCACUAUAUUUCUGCAUUACUAGGGACUAGUCCUUGCGGAUUUUUCCUCUUCUUGCCCUUGGCCCUGAUUUCCCACGGCCUUUCAAGCCAUUGAAACGGUAGUAUGGGGGUACUUGAGAACAAGGAAUGGAUAGAGGCCAGGAUACACUGGACAUUUGGCAGGCGUUUGUGGCAACAAACCCCGACUGAAGAGCCGCCUAAUGACCAUUCGGGGGCUGGAUACCGGUUUUGGGCUCGAGACUGGUCUCGCGGCAAUCCAUAUCAAGUCCCCGUACCGCAGAACCAUUCGCAUGCUAAACCUUUAGGCCUGAAACCCUCUAUGCUACGGGAGCGAAAAUUCCUGCUGCGGAAGAUGUACCUCCCGCUCCCGAAGAGCUAUCUGGCGAGUAUGAUACGUCAUUCUAGCGCGGGUAGAUCUUCCCGGAGCGGAACGGGUUGACCUUUUACUUCGUACAUGAUGCAUUUCAACUUACAUAUCCUGCAGCCAAUGACUGGAAAGAAGUCCCUGCUACGCAUCCAUUAUA